CGAUCGUCGUUGGCAUUCGUCACGUUUCGUGCGCCGAACUGGUAAAUACUAAUCGCUACAGUGAUCUUCACCGAGAUGCUGAAAUUCCGGAAAUUAUUUCCACGACCUUGCUCGAUCAUUGGAAUGAUCCACGUGGGAGCGCUGCCCGACGCCUGUGUGUUUAGGAACGCCAAGAUACAAAGGUCCUGUUGAGAAGAUCAUAGAAGAUGCAGUGAAAGAGGCCUCGAUAUAUGCUAAGUGUGGCGCGGUAAUUAAUUUACAUCAAAUUAAUAUCUAUAUAUAAGGGAGUAUGCUGCUAUCACGUUGAUAAACUCAUCGAUGAUCGCUAGCGUACCCGGCAUAAUUCUAGGAGAGAUUAUUUAUUCUAAGAAAGCAAAAUAGCCAGAGAAAAUAGAUACUUUCGUUACAAGUAGUCACAGACAAGAUUAUUCUCCGAUGACCGUAACCUUUGCAAAAUCGAAUAGAAAAGUGAUAUAACGCUAUCGUAUGAAUAUAUCGCACUUUGUUCGAGUAUUUCGCGUGUGUGCUUUUCAGGAUGGUAUUCUGGUUGAGAAUAUGCACGACAUCCCGUACAUUAAGAGGAAAGAUUUGUCGUCGGAAAUCGUAACUAUGAUGACGAGAAUUUGCACAGAAGUUAGGAAAGUGGUGCUGCGAAACAUGGCUUGCGGCGUUCAGAUUCUCGCGGGAUGCAACGAGGAGGCGAUUGCGGUUGCCAAGGCUGCGGGAUUUCAAUUUAUUAGGGCCGAGGGGUUCGUCUUCUCUCACGUGGCAGAUGAAGGCUUUAUUGACGCAAGCGCCGGGACUUUGUUGAGAUACAGGAGGCAAGUCGACGCGGAAGAUGUCCUUGUCUUCGCCGACGUCAAGAAGAAACAUAGCUCGCAUGCCAUCACUUCCGACAUGAGUUUACUAGAAACGGUAAGAGCAGCGGAAUUCUUUUUAGCCGACGGAAUUAUAUUAACCGGCAGAGCGACUGGCGAGGAAGCGGACGCGCAAGAUCUCGCAGAAGUGCGGAAAUGCGUGGCGGCGCGGCUGCCGGUGUUGAUCGGCUCGGGUGUAACGUUGGAUAACGUGGACAAUUACGUGGCGGCUGCGGACGCGCUGAUCGUGGGAUCGUACUUCAAGACGGCUGGCCGAUGGGAAAAUGCGCUCAACGCGGACAGAGUUCAAGCGCUGGUUGAAUACUUAAAAAGCCGACAGCAACGACAAUCGUAGCGGCGACAACGUUGGUGCGGCCGACCGACCAACGAGGGAACCCGAAGAAAAAGAGAAAGCGUAGUCAGCCAGUUACAAGUCCGAACGAACCGGCAGCUGUUCGACCAGCUGAGCGAACUCCCACCUUCGAUCGACUCCGCUGUCACGUCUGCAGGGUCGCAUGCGCGUGGCGACGAAGAAGCUUUGAAGUACGUUAAGGUCUCACAGAGUUCGCGGCGAAGAAAUGAUAUCGUUGCUUCUAUACUGAAGAUACCACAAACACUGUAAAAAAAGAGAAAAAUGUCCGUUUAUUCUCAUUUGUUGAAAUAACUUUUUUACUCGAGAAGAGGAAUAUUAUGCAUACACAAUAAGAUGUUUCUAUUGGAAAAUAUUAUCUUUAUAUAAGAAGCAAAAUGUUUAAACGCAUUGUAGCAACUUUUUUUCUCCCUAACAGAAGAAGCGAGAGAUUUUAUGUAAAUUCUUAAUCAACAAAAUAUAUUCCUAAAUAAUAAUAAUAAUUUGUCGUAACAGUAAACUAUAAGAUCUGCUAGAUGUAAAAAGUGCUAGCAGUAAAACAUCAAAAUGUGACAAUAUGCAUUUGUUACAUAUAAAAGUGUAACAAUUAAAGUGUUUAGUACAAAGAAUCGUAAGAAGUCGACAUUAAAUAUGAAAUUGUAUGAUGUUGCA